CGACGGGGAGGGCGGGAGCGCGGCGCCGCCGCCAUGGAGCCGCCGCGGAGCGCGCCGCUCGGGCUGGGCGCGGUGCUGGCGACGACGGACUGGUCCGAGCCCUGGCUGGUGGGGCUGGCGGUUUUCCACGUCCUCUGCUUCCUCUUAACUUGCUUCUCCCUGCAGCACUAUCGGGUGCAAAUAGGGCACUUCCUGUGCAUGGUGGGUUUAGUGUACUGUGCUGAAUAUAUAAAUGAAUUAGCAGCCAUGAACUGGAGGUUAUUUUCUAAAUAUCAAUACUUUGAUUCAAGAGGAAUGUUUAUUUCACUAGUCUUUUCGGCACCACUGCUGGUGAAUACUAUUAUAAUUGUGGUCACCUGGGUUUAUAGAACUUUGAGUGUAAUGACUGAAUUGAAGACACUACAGCAGAGAAUUAAAGCAGAGAAAGAGAAGAAGAAGUGAGAGUGUUGAAUAUAUUUAUUACUUUCUUUUUUUUAAUAAUGUUGUUUCAUGUAAUGAAUCCUUCUGUUAAAUUGAUCCAAGAACAGCAAUAUUUUUUGUGUCUAAUGUUAAGAGGACUUUGCACCCUUAGGCCAUGGACAAUGAGGUGAAAGCAAGGGUUCACAAUACAGCUGAACUUUGCCAUGAAAUCAAGAAAAGCUGGUCUUGACAGUUCUUUCUGCUUUUUAGUGUCAGCCGUUUUUACUGUGACCAAGACAAUUAACGCUGAUAAAGGUACAAACUUCCAGUCAGUUUUCAUCUACCUAUGUAUUUUCUAACUGUGUUAAAUAUGUAUUUAUUAAAUAUUCAGUCUGCUUAUGCCAGUUGAAGCUGUUUUGUGGAUUUUAGUAAAUGAGGACUGAUACUCAGAACACCUCAAGAAUCCAUGCUUCUACAAAGCAUUUUACUUUGUAAAGUAAAAGAUCAGGUUUCAUAUUUCGUAUAUGUAUUGUGUGGCAGAGAACAAUUCUGAUACAGGACCAUUUUAUAAAUAAAAUUAUCCAUUUUAUCUUGAA